AUGAAAUCAACCACGCUGGUUACCAAGAACUUCUCACGUAUCUCAUUACUUCUCCUUCCGUUAAUACGCACAGCUUCCGGUUUUUAUCUAGAAGCCGCCGUAAGCCAAGGCGCUUACUUCACGCGCCCCUAUCCUCUUAAAAGCGGUAACGGCAAACCCGAGGUUAAAGGUCUAUACGAAUGCAUUCGUGCCAGUGACCUUCUUUUGAGCAAUCCAACCGAGGGGAUCGCCGUCUGGAACCGCCCAGGCAGCCAACCCACUCUCGCCGUAGCCCUCUACUAUGGUAGUUCCUGUUCCAAAUCCCAUAUUGGUAAAGCCAAGCCGCGGGUUAUGAUGCUACUCGAUCCAGAUCGAAUACGCGGCGUACAUGUCGUAAACUUCAAGGUGUACGGGAUAUCACCGGAAUGCAAAAGUUGGCAGGGCGUAAGGAUACGAGAAGAAUUGAGGUUCGGCGGUGCGUUGUAUGGGUACGAUCCUUCCAAAUUGCGACCGGGGAGUAUCGUACAUUGGAAUGAAGCGGGGAUAAGGAGUAUAGAGACCGAAGCCACAAAAUGGAUCAACGCGAUUCCAUACGAGCCACUUACUUCAAAACGAUAUAUAUCACAGUAUCUAAGAGAGGUCGUGGAAACUCAUGUCAAUCCCGAAGUAGCAAUGGACCCGGUAAGAGAAGAUACAAAGAUUGUUAUGAGGAAUAUAAAUGGGUUUCUAGGAAUUACCGGUGACGCAAUCAAAGACCACCCCUUAGCGAAGGAGUACCUACCACAACUAAAAUUGGAGAUUGACGACGGUUACGAGCCACUAAUAGUGGCGACAGAAGGACUGGGUAGUAAUAUCCAAAUCGGAGAAGUAGGCCCCGCAGUUGCAGAGCAAAGUAAAAAAAUUAACCCGUUAAUUUGGAACCUUGAGGCUUUGAUCGCAAACAAGAGGGCGACUGCAGAAGAUAUUGCCAACCAAGAGAUCCCAAUGGGAGAACUACUAGAUAGUUUCAAUCUGGUUCCAGAUACCCCAAGUGAGAAACGGGGAUGGUAUCUGAGAUUCGAAUCUCUGAUGACGUACAAUCUACAAGUCCUAGCAAAUGCAUGGAGAAUCUUUUGGGCUUGGGAGAGAGCACAAAACGAGCUUAAUUUAGCGCGGCAGGGAGUUCGAGUUGGUGCGGGAGGUAUGAGCCAAACUGAAGUUUUGGAUCUCAAUGGAAGUCAGAAUACCGGUAGAAGACAAAAUGGGAGGAACCAAAAUGUGGCUUCGGCUCAAGGAAUGACUAGUCAGCUGGAUCCUAAUCGUGUAGAAAUUGAAGAAGAGGUGGGAAGACAUGAAGGACAAGAAGUCAGGGACGGUGUCCACGGUACCGACGAUACAAUUAACGAAGAACUCGACGAAGAAAUUGAUCUUGAAGAGCCAUCAUCAAUCGAGGAGCUUCUUGAUGACGAUUAUUUCCCUAUGGACAUAGGAUCGCAAACAAUAUCGGAAACGAGCGAAAAAUUCUAA